AUGGCGCACGCGGUAAAAAGUGCAGUUUGGACAUAUUUUGACAUUUUGGAAGAUGACAACACGAAAGCUAUGUGUAAAGUUUGUCAGGAAAAAGGCUCUCGAGUUAUAAUCAGCAGAGGAGGAAAAACAUGCAAGCAGUUCACCACGACAAACAUGCGCAAUCACCUCCGCAAGCAUCCGACGGAAUUUCUUGCACUUUCAUCAGAUGAAAAGGAAAAGAAUAUUGAAAAAGAUAAAAGAACACUACAAGACACGAACUCAAGCACGGUGACGAUGAGAAAGAAACUAAAAACGCAGAUGUCAUUAGAACAAAGUGUUGAAGCCGGUCGAACUUGGGAUAUGAACAGUCGUCAAGCCCAGCAUAUUACCAAACUAAUCGGUGAAAUGAUAGUUCUUGACAACCAACCAUUCCUAAUUGCCGAAGAUCUGGGUUUUAUGCGUCUGAUGAAACAUGUAGCCCCGCGUUAUCAUUUACCGAGUCGACACCACUUUAGUGAUGCUGUAAUUCCCAAUUUAGUGAAACGACCCGAAGCAGCUGUUGCCAAAAUGUUGGAAAAGGCAAAACAUUUCUCCUUUACUUCAGACAUUUGGACAUGUUCCCACAACAACGAUGCGUUCAUUAGCCUGACAGCCCACUGGAUUGAUGAAAAUGAAACAAAGUUCCCGCAGCAGUCAAUCGUACUACAAUCAAGUUUCUUCCCCGGAAGCCACACCGGGCCGCGAAUCGCUGAAAAGUUUACAAGCAUGUUGUCAAAGUGGACUAUCGACAGUUCAAGAUGUCACAUCGUUGUUACUGACAAUGCGAGCAACAUGACAAAUGCCGUACAGUUGGCCGGUUUGACGGGCAGCCCAUGCUUCAUUCACACACUGCAGUUAGCGAUCAGCGAUGCCAUCUUUUCCCAAAGAAGUGUCAGCGACAUGAUUGCCAAGGCGAAACGAAUGGUCACACACUUUCGUCACUCGCUCGGAAGUAGCAGGCUAGCAGAACUCCAAAGUGAUCUGGGUCUUCCAAAGAAAAAGUUGAUUCAGGAUGUGGCGACAAGAUGGAAUUCCACUUACUACAUGUUGGACAGGCUGUUGGAGAAUAAGAGGGCUGUCACACUCUACUCUGCUGAAACACCAACCACAACUCUUUCGCCCAACGAGUGGUCGUUGAUGGAGAAGGUCCUUCGCUUGCUUCAACCGCUCGAGGAAUACACUAAGCUGAUGAGCAACAACAAUUCGUGCAUAUCCGAAGUGAUUCCCGCCAUUACAGUGUUGAAGAAAUUUUUAAGCAGAGAUGACGGCGAGAAGACAGCUGGAGUACGCACAAUGCGCGAUGAGCUGAGCAGUGCCUUGGAAAGAAGAUUCCAAUCAACCUUUUCCAACAAGAAUUUCGUGUUGGCUACGACUAUUGAUCCAAGAUUCAAAACAAAGUUUUGUAAAGAUGAUGGUCGUUCUACGCUGAUUGAUGAGCUCAAUUCUGGCCAAGAUUCCUCAGAGUCCGUUACGUCAAGCCCAAAGGAGAAAGAGUCGGUAAGCCGCAGUGAUGGGCCGCAUCAAGCACUGUGGUCGUGUUUUGAUGAGAUAGUUGCAUCUGACGAGUGCGUUACAAGUCUUGAAGAAGAGGUCAACGCAUUUCUCAGUCUUCCAUAG